UCUGUUUAGCCCAAAGGUGGGCUAAACCGAAAGCAGAUAGCAGAACGCGUUCGAUUUUUUUGUCGUAGAACACAGCAAAACAGUAGUUUAGACCGCUAUUAUGUGAUAACCUCUUACAAACCAAACAUGGCUUGCAGUAAGGAACAAAGAGAAGAUGAAAUCUCCCAGCUGUGUGGUCGAUUACUUGAAUACACGGUCGGGACUUACGAGACGUUCCAUGACGCCAGGGAGGGCGAGAUGGAAGGUUGUCGCCUAAAUAUCUCGAUCUUUGGUAUGACUGGCUCUGGAAAAUCAGCUCUGAUUAAUACUAUCUUCAAGUCAUUGGAUAGCAAGUCGGAGCAUAUGGCUACAACUCAGGACGCUGGAAAGGAAGGUACUAAGAUGCUAGACUCUUAUGCUGUUCCGAAGACCCAAAUAACGCUCUUCGACACUCCUGGAUUCUUCGAGUUGGACAGAACGGAGGAAGGGGAGCUGUUUCGCAUCCUGUUUGGAAUUGAACAGCCAGGAGAAUAUUUGACCCGAGGUAGCACGGGCGCUCAAAAGGCAGACGCCGCUGGCGUUGCUGCUUACAGACUCAAGAAGCCACCAAUUGUCGACCAGAUGCACGUGAUACUGUGGGUUAUAAAAGCUGUUGAUAUCAGGUUUCAAAUGGGACAAUACAGAGAAAAAAUCAAGUUUGUUCAAGACCAGCUAAAACAAGCAAGUGAGUAGUCAGUAAAGCUAAAGACGGGUCCUGAGGGGGUUUUUCCAAAAGAAAUGUAAGGUUGCAUUUCACUACACCACACUCAUCA